UAAAUGCGUAUUAGGGGGCAGUGGUUUGUGUUGUUAUGUUCAUUAAGACAUUCUUGUACGGAUUGGGGCAAAAGAGAAGGGCUUUACAUAAUUACGUUCAUGCUUUUUCACGUGAAAUGACCCUUUAAAAGCAAGCUUCGUUAGAUCAUAUUGAGGCACAUCGUCAGUGAUCGGAGAGUGUGGGCUGUGAUUUCUGCACUUAUUGUGUCAAAUCGCAUUCAAGAUGGUGUCUUCCUACCCGUUACCAGAUGGCUUUUCGGACUUCGAUGUGUUCUCCUUGGGAUCUUGUCUGCUAGUGGAGGGUCUUCUUGGAUUCUUCCUGAAUGCUGUGACAGUUGUAGCUUUCCUUAAAGUCAGAGAACUGCGAACCCCCAGCAAUUUCCUGGUCUUUAGCUUGGCACUGGCUGAUAUGGGCAUAUCCUCUAAUGCCACUAUUGCUGCUUUUUCCAGUUUCUUGAGAUACUGGCCCUAUGGCUCUGAUGGGUGCCAGACUCACGGAUUCCAGGGUUUCAUGACAGCUCUUGCCAGCAUCCACUUCAUUGCUGCCAUUGCAUGGGACAGAUAUCACCAGUACUGCACCAGGACAAAGCUGCAGUGGAGCAGCGCUAUUACCCUGGUGAUGUUCAUCUGGCUUUUCACGGCUUUCUGGUCCGCCAUGCCCCUCAUCGGCUGGGGAGAAUACGACUACGAGCCCCUGAGGACCUGCUGCACUCUGGACUACAGCAAGGGUGACAGGAACUACGUGUCAUACCUGAUCCCCAUGGCCAUCUUCAACAUGGCCAUCCAGAUCUUUGUUGUCCUGUCCUCAUACCAGUCUAUUGGAGAGAAAUUCAAGAAGACUGGAAACCCUAGGUUCAAUGCUAGCACUCCUCUGAAGACCAUGCUCUUCUGCUGGGGUCCCUAUGGAAUCCUGGCCUUCUAUGCUGCUGUGGAGAACGCCAACCUGGUUUCACCUAAACUGAGAAUGAUGGCUCCUAUUCUGGCAAAAACUUCUCCCACCUUUAACGUGUUCCUGUAUGCCCUGGGAAAUGAGAACUACAGAGGAGGAAUCUGGCAGUUCCUCACCGGGGAAAAGAUUGAAGUGCCUCAAAUUGAGAACAAGUCCAAAUAAACUAAGCACCCAAUAAUCAUACAAACUCUUAUUGGUCCUGGUGGUUUUCUCACAGGUAUGAACAAAGUCAUAGGUCCAUGGACCUUAUGUGUGUACUUGUCAGUGUGUGUUGUGCAAGUGAAUGUGGUAGUUGAGGUUAUUGUGUGAGAUCUAUAUUUGUGUUGUGUCAUCUGGAUGUGUAGUAUUUUGGUUUUCCAGUUUAGAAUAACAUUUUGUAGAUUCACCCAAAUUUAGGGGGGAUGGGAGGUGGUCUCAGGGAGCUAAGUAUUAGAGCAUCCCCCCACCUUGACAAACUUGGUGUGUCCCAUGCUAUUAGUUUUACCCAUUUCCCCACCCACAACCAUUUGGGACCCCCCAAUACCUCUGACACCAUUCAAACAUGGAAAUACACCUCCAAGUUAUCCAUGGUGUUAUUCCAACAUUCCAAUGACAUUUGACUCAUUGAGGUCAAAAUAGAACUUUGACUGAGAACCCAUCACAGUCACACACUAAAAUAGAUCUUUGCGUCAGACAUAUUUACCUACGUCAUAUUGGAUUUGUUCAAAACGUACUCUCUUUGUGGUCAGAAGUGUUUUCCUGAGCUACAUCUGGGUUGAGUCAAGUGAGUCAGCAGUGCUCCACUGUUUAAUCCCACAAACAAGAGUGCUUUUCAUGAACCCCCUCCACACACACACACAUCCCCUCAACCCCCCACCUCUGUGACCAGGGGAUUGAGAUUAGCAUUGAGGAAGGAGAUUAAUCAGACAUGUUUCUCGCCUCUUGGUCUCAUUUUAAAGCAGAUGAAUUGUCCCAUUUUUGUUUUUCUCUCUCCACUCAUAUAUCUUUGUGCAGAACGCUUCUAAAACCACUAUCAAGGAUUGGAACAUAACAUUAAUUUGAUAAGAAAAAACCUCCUACCCUGGUUAUGAUUUAAAAUGAGAUGUAGCUUGAAAUAGAAGAUUGUGGUAAACCAGUUUUGGUGAACAAUGUCGUUGAGUACCUUUAUUCCCUCUUUAUUCAUUAAAUCAUCCAGUACAGAAACCUGUUAAUAUUAUCUACUGUAGCUAUUAAGAGGUGUGUUCUACCUCACUUGGACAGAUCAGAUGACAUAUACAAUACAAUGUUGCCUCCUGAAUAUAUUACCUCAGUAGUUGUUGUUCACAGUACUGCAGCAGAUAUAAUUUCAGUGUUACGCGUUGAAAGUGAUUGGUGUACCACAAGGUCUAAGGACCCUAACAUAAAGAGAUGAUUAUCAUAUAAUCAAUACCUUUAACAGUUUGCACAGUAGCCUGCACUUGAUAUAUCAUCUUGUUUAACACUGUCAAAUAUUGCUGGCAGUGUGUCUGUCUCUUAGCAUUUACAGACAAAUUGUACAAGUUGUUACACAGUGUCCAAAGAUGAAAGAAUUCACUAGCAUUUAGCUCAGACAAAUUAGUUAUCUGACAAUCAAACACUCACUGUCACCUGCAUGUCCUUAGUGACAUCAUCCGAGUGUGUCCUGAGUUACUCAGUGUGUCCUGAGGAACUCAAACAAAGGCCUAUCCAGAUGUACUGUAUGUGUAAACUACUUAUCACUGUACCCCAUGUACAUGUAUUCACAAGCAACAAAGCACAACAACGAUACAGUAGGAAUAGAUUGAAAUGUUCUGUCUAGGGUACAUAUCCAAAGAAAGCAUUUAAACAUGUUUUUAAUUUAUUGAAAUCAUGUGCUAUUUUGGAUCACAUUAAUUUGAAAAGAAACUGAUUUGUUUAAGUAAAACAACAUGAUGUUGUCACCAGUCUGCUUGUGAAGAGUGACUUCAGCACGGGUUUACAUGAAUCUUCUUGAGACUAAAUGUAUUGUCAAUGCUUUAAAGUGUGUGCUCUCUGACAAAUCAAUUGCCAAUAAAACAGUGCUUGUUCACUGUCAACCUUGUAGUAUAGUCUUGUGAAGAACAAAUUAUUUGUAAUCUACAAUAAAAUGUC